AUGCCUCCAAAAGCUUAAAAACAAGAUGAGGUAGGCUUGCUUGAAUACUUAGAAGAUAUAAUUGGGACCAUAAAGUACAACCAAGAUAUUGCUGAUUUGGAGAAAUUACAAGAGGAUGGAUAAGAAAGAAAGCAAAGCAAAAUGCUAGAUUUGUACAGUACUAAUGAUGCUCUUGGGAAGAUUGAAAAAGAUAAAGAUGAUGCUAUUAAUUUCUUGAACAUGGAGAGAGGAUUAUAUCUUUUGAAAAACAUACUAUUUCAAAUCGAGAUUAGAGAAAAGACUAAAGAAAUGUAAAAAUCAGGAGAACAAAUUGAAAAAUUUAAAAUAAAGGCUCAAUAAUUAAAAGAUGAAUUGAGAUAGGUCAAGUAAAACAAUUAAGAUGCUGUAAUGUAAAUCCAACUUUUAAAUGAUGAAGAGGAAAAAAGAAAAGCUGUAAAUGAGGACCUUGUGAAACAAUUUAAGCAGUUAACAAUUUAUGAUGAAAAGGUUAGAUUUGAUAUGAAGCAGCUUGCAUUAAAAAUGGAAAGAACAAGAGAGAAUAUCAGAUAAAUAGAGUAAAAUAAGAUCAAUAAAAUCUAAGAAUUUUCAGAGAUAGAAGUUAAGAUUCCUAGAUUAAAGAAUGAACUAAAAAAUCUAAAUGGGAUAUAAGAAACAAUGGAAUUAGAGCUGAAUGUUUUGGAAGUUCAACUGAAGGAAAAGACAAUGAGACUUAGGAAAGAUAGAGAAAAUAUUCUAAAAUCACUUCGACCAUUGCAGUAAUAAAGAUAAGAAAAGCAGACUACUCUCAGAGAUAAACAAACAGAUAUUUAGAUAAUUUAAAACAACCAUUCUAAUUUGGAGUCUGAUUAUCAAAGAGUGACUUAGGCAAUAUAAAGAGAUAAUGAAAAUAUAGUAAUGUACACGAACAAAUUGAAUGAAGAAAUAUCUAAGAAAUAGCAAAUUGCACAGAAACUAGAAAUUACUGAAAACCAACUUAAAUUGCCUCAGUUUGAUUCUUAUAGUUUAGAAAGAGAUGUUUAAAGGAAAAAAUAAAAACUAGAAAUGAUAAGAGACUACAUAAAUAAUCAUAGAAAUAAGAACAAAUUGCUUUUCGAACUAUUAGAAGCUUAGAAUAAAGGAUAAAUUAAUGGUAUUCUUGGAAGACUCGGAGAUUUAGGUUCAAUUGAUUAGAAGUAUGACAUUGCGAUAUCAUCCGGUUGUGGUUUUCUUGAUCACAUUGUAGUUAAAACCUUAGAUGACGCUAAUUAAUGUAUAAAUUAUCUGAGAUAAAACAGACUAGGAAUUGCUAAAUUUAUGGUUUUGGAAAAAAUUUAAGAUAAAACAUAACAUUCUGAAGCAGUCAAUUUCAAGUGUCCUCCAAAAUCUGAGAGACUUUACGAUUUAAUAAAAAUAGAAAACUAAGAUGUGAGGAGAGCUUUCUAUUUGGCUUUAAAAAAUACCCUAGUAUGCUAAAAUAUAGAGGAUGCAUAGACUAUCGCUUAUUAAAGAAAUGAAAAACAUAGAGUAGUUACUCUUCAAGGAUAUCUAAUUGAGCUAUCAGGAACUAUGAGUGGAGGUGGCCGACCUAGGCAAGGAGGGAUGUCUUCAGAUGUUGCUUAAAGAGGAUUGUAUACCGAAGAGAAUGCAGUUUAAUUACAAAAUGAAAUCGAAAUAUAGGAAAAAUAGAUUUAUGAAGCUCAACAAUUAAGACCUCAGCUUAAAGAUUAAUACAACAACUUAUAGAGAGAAUUAAGAUAAUCAGAGCUUUAAAUUCAAUCCAACAAUAUAAAUUUAGAUUAGUUAAAUCAGCACAAGCAAGAUUAAGAGCGCAGACUUUAGCAAAUAACUAGUCAAAGAGACAUUGUAAUGAAGGAUAUACUGAAAAUUUAGGGAAUCUAAAAUUAAAUUCAAAAAAUAAAUGAAGAUCUUGCAAGAGAAUAACCACAAAUAGAAUAAUUAUAGAAUUAACUUAAUUAAAUUGAUGAUAAAAUUCAAGAAUCUAUGUCAGCUCAACAUAAUAAGGUCAGAAAUGAAAAAAAUCAGAUAGAAUCAUAAAUUUUAAUGCUUGAAAAAGAGAUUUAGAGCCUAAAGCUAAAAAUAGAAAGCUCGAAUCAAAUUUUGAAAAAUAUAGACAAGCAAAAAUUAGAUGAGGAUAAGGUGUAGAAAGGGUAUGAAAAGAAAAUGCAAGAAUUAAGAGGUGAGCUGGAUGAAUUAACGAGGCAGGGUGAGAAAAUUCUUAAACUGUAAAAGGAUAACAAUGAAACUAAGGAAAGAGAGAAUUAAAAAAAGAAUGAAAUGAAAGAACUAUAUCUUAAACUCAAGCCUUUAUUAGAUGAUGUUAUGCAAAAGUACAACGAUGUAAAGCAACUCAUUAAUGAGGAAGGUCAAAAAGCAUUAAUGCUAAAACAGAAAAAUGACAAGCUCAUAGAAAAGCUCUUUCUCAAUAGAGAGAAAUGCUAGAAGUUUGUCUAACAAUUCAAAGAAGUAUUUAGAGAAGUGGACUUAGUUAGACAGUAAAGGCUGAACCUAAAGGUAGAAUCUCCUAUACAUGAUCAAAAUUAGCGGGAUAAAAAUGAAGUUAGUGCAUUUAUGGACGUUGAAGAAAUUCAAUAAGCUAAUACCAGAAGAAUAAUUGACUAUGCUUCAAUGAGUAAAGAGCAAAGAUUGGAGCAUUUUACUGACUAAUAUGACAUAGUAUACUAAUUUAACUCAGAAAUUCUAGAAAUUUUAUGUGGGGAUUUAGGAUUUAUAAGGGAGGCUAUAAACCAGCUAGAGGAAUAAGUUAAAGGAUUGAAUAUAAACUUUGAAGUUAUCAAUACAUACAAAAUGCUAUCCUUAUAAAAGUAGCAGAAGGAAGAAGAAUUAAAAAAUAUGACAAUGAGUUAUCAAGAGAUUAGGGAUCGAUUGCAUCAAGUAAGAAAACAAAGGGAGAAUGAUUUUCUUUAGGGCUUCAACAUAAUAGCGAAAGAACUAAAGUAGAUUUACAGAUUUAUUACAAAUGGAGGUGAUGCAGAGCUAGAUCUAGUUGACAGCCUUGAUCCAUUUAGUGAGGGAAUAUAAUUCAAUGUAAGACCUCUAAAGAAGUCUUGGAAAGAGAUGAAGAAACUAUCAGGAGGUGAAAAAACAAUAAGCUCUUUAGCUUUAAUUUUCGCAUUGCACAUUUACAAACCUUCGCCUUUGUAUUUCAUGGAUGAAAUUGAUGCUGCUCUUGAUUACAAAAAUGUGGCUAUUGUGGGAUAGUAUAUUAAAUAAAGAGCUAUUGACAGUCAAUUUUUGAUUAUUAGUCUAAGGAAUAACAUGUUUGAGCUGGCAGAAAAACUUUAUGGAAUAUAUAAAAUUAAUGAUACAACCAAAUUCAUUAGUAUGAUUCCAGAAGAUGUAAACACCAUUAUUGAGGAAAAGAGAAAGUAACUUUAGCAACAGAAAUAGCAAUAAAGCUUAAAUUCAAAUUAAGAGAUAGAAGUGGAUGAAAUAUCGAGCUUACUUUGA